AUGCCUGAGGUUACAGAUGUCCUUAAAGACAAACUACCUAAUGUGGGAAAUGCAAAUGGCUUGAUUGGUCACUCUAUACUUUUUAAGGCAACUCGUGGAAUUGGGGAAGAAGAGGUGAAAUUCGAAAAGGAUAAUGUGUCAGAGAAACAACUUCAACAAGAAUGCCCAUCACAAGAAGACUGUCCAAACAAUGAAAUCGUCUUGAAAAAUGUUUGCAAGAAUCAAAUAUCAAGUGUUUCAUCAGGAAAAAUUACUCCAGGUCCUGAUGAGACAACAGGUCAUCUGAAUGAAGAGGUAGCUCAAAUAAGCACAACAACCAGAGAAACAAGGAGCAGAGGUAGAAAAUUUAAGUCGCGUGUGGAUGAAUCGUGCAAACAUGUUGAAAAGGUAGUUCAAAACAUAAGCACGGCAACGAAAAAAAUAAGGAGCAGAGGUAGAAAAUCUAAGUCAUGUGUGGAUGAAUCGUGCAAACAUGUUGAAAAGGUAGUUCCAAAAGUAAAGGAGGACCCAAAAGCAAAUGUGGCAAGCAUAAAAAAGGCUAACACAGUGGGCGGCAUUGUUAUUUGUGAACCAAAUCAAAGUGAAGCCAAGGGUAUGAAGAAUUUUUUAAUAAAUAAUAAUGAUGAAGAAUCUAACAUUGAUCAUAAAGGAAAAGGGAAUUUGAUUCAAACAAAUGAAUUAGAUUCUUCAUCCUCUUCGGAAGAAGAAGACCUAGCAUUUGCAUCACAUUCUAAACUCUUUCCAUAUGAUACACUACGAUUUGGGGAAGGUGCCUCAAAGUUUUUUCAAGAUGGAACCGAUUUUAGGCGCCAACUCAAUAUUGGGGAAGGCAUCAAAGAAAAUGCUUUGGAAGAUAUCCAGAUCCCUCAAAACCAUGUCCAAGUAAGUACUCCUAAAUUAUAA